AUGAGCGUACGUGUUGUCGCGCGGGUUCGGCCGCUGUUGAAGUCGGAAAGGGAUGUCGACAUUAUCCUACAUACCGGAUCUAAGCAUACACUACCUCCCAAGGACGACAAGAAGGUCUCUAAAGAGAUGUCGAAGCUGGCCGCGCUGAGGGAUAGGGAUACACUCGUACGAAUUCCGAACCCGAAGAACGAAAAUGAGGAGUACUCUUUCCAAUUCAAUGCAGUCUACGAUGCGGAGGCGUCUCAACAAGAGCUAUUCGAGGCAGAGGUUACCCCGACCGUCAAGCAUCUAUUCAACGGUUUUGAUGUCACCCUCUUUGCCUAUGGAGUUACUGGAACGGGAAAGACGCACACAAUGCGAGGUGGUAAAAGUCUCGCUGAACGGGGUGUUAUUCCGCGUCUCCUGAGCAGCAUAUACCGACGGAGCCGCAAGAUGGAAAAGGAUAGCGAGGGGCAAACUUCGGUCAGCGUUUCCUUGAGCUACUAUGAAAUCUACAACGACAAGGUAUUCGAUCUAUUUGAGCCGCCGGAGAAGAGAACGAUGGCCGGCCUACCGCUUAGGGACAAUGGUGGGAAGACAGUGGUUGUGGGCUUGACGGAGAGGCCGUGCCACAGCUUGAAGGAGUUUGAGAUCCUGUAUGACCAGGCGAAUAUCAACAGAUCUACCUCCGCUACCAAGCUAAAUGCCCACUCGUCACGGUCACAUGCUAUCCUCUGCGUAAAGGUUGCGAUCACUACCGGCGACCAAACUCGUAUCAGCACUGCAUCUGCUAUUGAUCUUGCUGGCUCGGAAGAUAACCGCCGAACGGAUAAUGACAAGGAACGGAUGGUAGAAUCUGCUAGCAUCAACAAGAGUCUUUUUGUCCUGGCCCAAUGUGUGGAGGCGAUCACCAAGAAGCAUCAACGUAUACCAUACCGAGAGUCCAAGAUGACUAGGAUCCUGUCACUGGGUCAGAAUAACGGGCUUACUGUGAUGAUUCUAAACUUGGCCCCCGUCAGGUCUUAUCACUUGGACACAAUCAGCUCACUCAACUUCGCCAACCGCACCAAGAAGAUCGAACUGCGCGAAGUGGAAAACGAGCCAAUCUUCAAAGGACCUCCGAGACCUGCAGCUCGACCCUCAUUCACAGCCCAACGGCAACCUCUUCGGCCAUUGGCAGCAUCUGUUAACGUCAACCUCGCUGCCAAUAAAGAUAAGGAGGCUUCGAAGCCCGGCGAUCCCAAACCGGCAAAAGCAUUCAACGUUUAUGCGGACAAACCAAAUCCGAGGACGUCUGCUGUGUUCAAGAAGCCAGAGAUCCCUAGCCGACCUUCAAUAAGCUCAGAGUUACCUGGACUACGCUCAGCGAAAGCUAGUCGAAUCGCGCAACCCCCGAGAGUCCCUCCGAAACACCAACAGGAGGAUAUCUCUGCUAGAAUCGAGGAACUCGUGGAGAAGAAGGUGGAAGAGAUAUUGGCUGUGCGCGCAGUCAGCGAGAAGUCAAGACAGACACAGGUUCGCGAGCUGAACGAACAGGUCCAACGGCGUUUGGAACUUCUGGAGCAGCGCAUCGAGGGCUCUGAGGAUAGUAGGGCCGAGGGGCUAUCAUAUCUGCUCAUGGCAAAACAACACCAGGGCCGUGGCGAAGACAUCUCAGCGCUUAAGAUGUAUCAGCUAGCUCUUCCGUUCUUCCCGCAAAACGAAAAGCUCGCCAAAAAGAUCAGCAACCUCAAACAGCGCAUCCAGGACAAAUCCCGCCAGGAAAUUGAAGUAACCUGCACCCCCGCGGUAGAGGCUAAGAAGGGAAUGGGCAGUUUGCUUUCUCUGCCGUCAUCUAGGAAACAAGGCACCAAACGACCUGUCGCUGAAGAGGCCGACGCAGACUACGAAGACCAAGACUCCCACGUCCUUGACUCAGACGCCGAUUUCGACUUGACAGAGACGUCUCACCUCAAGCGCAAGAAGCGUGCAAAGACAACCAAGCAAACAAGCCCUGAACUGGAUCUGGUCUCCCUAGAUGGCGACGAAUCUAUCCCGUCACCUCGAACAAUCCACCUUCUUUCCAUAAUCAACUCCCGUGACGUCAGCCAGAUCAAGCUCCUCAAAGGCGUCGGCGUGAAGAAGGCCGAGGCUAUCGUGGACUGCCUCUGUGAGAUGGACCAGGGGCUUUCGGAGGAAAGUCAGGUCCGUAUCAACAGUCUGGCGGAAUUAAGCAAGUUGAAGGGCUGUGGUGUAAAGACGGUUCAGAGUAUGCGGGCUGGUGUUUUGGUAUAG